AUGUCCUUCCUACAAUCCACCCGGCGCAUCGCCGCCUCCCCCUUCCAGCAACCCCUGGCCCGAGCGUUCUCAACUACGCGCGCCUCCCGCCUCGCGCGCAUGACACUCGUGGGCCGUCUCGGCACGGACCCCGAACUGAACCAAGCCGCGUCGGGAAAAGAGUACAUUAAAUAUGUGAUCGGGACAGACAGCGGGCCGAAGGACAACCGGCAGACGAGUUGGUUCCGGAUCACGAGCUUUGCGCAGGGGCCGAGUAAAGAUUAUGUGAUGGGGCUGCAGAAGGGGACACUUGUGUAUCUGGAAGGCGAUGCGAAAAUGGAUGUCUACGAGAAGGACGGGCAGAACGUGAGCUCGUUGAGUCUGAUCCAGACAAAGAUCGACGUGUUAAAGCGGCCGGUGCCGAAGGCGGAGGAGGCGGAGGCUGCGUAG